AGGCGCCGCCGCCGCCUCCCUAAACCCUCGUCAGGCUCACUCCCAACAGCGGCGGCAGAGGCCUACCGCCGCAAACCCUCUUUCCCCGCACCAGCACGCGCAGGGAAAACUUGGGAGGGAGCGAACCGGAGCUAGCACUAUGGCUCCGGCGGACGGAGGCGGGGAGCAGCCGCACAAGGCUCACCGCCAGCACAAGUCCGGCGCCAAGGCGCGGAAGAAGAAGGGCAAGGGCAAGGGCGCAGCCGGUGAUGACGCGGGGGGCGAGCAGAAGAACCCCAAGGCUUUUGCAUUUCAGUCAGCAACAAAGGCCAAACGUCUGCAAGCUCGGUCAGCAGAGAUUGAACAACGGCGACUUCAUGUGCCAGUCAUGGAUCGUUCAAUCGGUGAACCUCCUCCUUUUGUUGUAGUUGUUCAAGGACCUCCGCAGGUUGGGAAGUCGCUGUUGAUAAAAUGUCUGGUAAAGCAUUACACCAAACAAAACCUGUCAGAAGUCCAUGGUCCCAUCACUGUUGUAUCAGGUAAAAGCAGGAGGGUGCAGUUCUUGGAGUGUCCAAAUGAUAUAAACGGAAUGAUUGAUGCUGCUAAAAUAGCUGAUCUUGCUUUAUUGCUCAUUGAUGGAAGCUAUGGUUUUGAAAUGGAUACAUUUGAGUUUCUUAAUAUCAUGCAAGUGCAUGGAUUCCCCAAGGUGAUGGGAGUGCUUACACAUCUUGAUAAGUUUAAAGAUGUGAAGAAACUCAGGAAAACUAAACAGCGCCUUAAACAUCGAUUCUGGGCUGAGAUAAAGGAGGGAGCAAAACUAUUCUACUUGUCUGGUCUCAUUCAUGGAAAAUACACCAAAAGAGAAGUCCAUAACCUUGCAAGAUUCAUCUCUGUAAUCAAGCCUGUUCCAUUGAGUUGGCGGAUGGCACAUCCUUAUUUGUUAGUUGAUAGGUUUGAAGAUGUCACCCCUCCAGAAAUUGUGCGCCUGGACAAAAAGUGUGACAGAAAAAUAACAUUAUAUGGUUACCUUCGUGGCUGUAAUAUGAAAAGGGGGACCAAGGUGCAUAUCACAGGCGCAGGUGAUUUCAGCUUGUCUGGGGUGACGGGUUUGGCCGAUCCUUGCCCUUUGCCAUCAGCUGCAAAGAAAAGAGGAUUGCGUGACAAGGAAAAGCUGUUCUAUGCACCAAUGUCUGGUCUUGGGGAUCUACUUUAUGACAAGGAUGCGGUUUACAUCAAUAUCAAUGAUCAUUUUGUUCAGUUUUCAAAGAAUGAUGACAAUGACAUACCUAAAAAGCAAGGGAAAGGUAAAGAUAUUGGUGCGGACCUGGUAAGAUCACUUCAAGAAACGAGAUACUCCCUUAAUGAAAAACUGGAAAAAGGUUCUAUAAAUCUCUUUGGCAGAGGGCCUUCUGCACAAUUCAAAGACAGUGACGUGGAUGGCAAUGCCAUCUCUGCAAGCCAGGAUGACCAGGGAGAUGCAAAGCAAGUAGACGGUGUUAACAUUGCGAAUGCUGACACCAUGGACAGCAAUGGGCAUUCUGAAUGCUCUAGUGAUAGUGAAGGGGAUGAUGAUGAUGAUGAUAAGUUAAGGGAUCGUGAUGUUGAAUUAAGGGAAAAAUUAGAAAUUUGCAAUGGAAGGUUGAGGCGGAAAGCUGUAUCCUCUAAUUUUCAAGAUGAUAUUGACGACGAGGGAACUGAUGAGGAUGACAGUGAUAAUGAGGAUUCUGGCGAUGACGAGUUAUCUGAAGGUUCUGCAGCAUCAGAUGACAGUGGAGAAGCUAGUGCUUCAGAUGACGAGACUGGAAAUAAUUCAAAAUGGAAAGAGUCCUUGCUUGCAAGAACACUGUCCCGACGGAGUGCCAGUCUGAUGCAGCGUGUUUAUGAACAACCUUCAACAAAGCUAGAUGGUGUGCUGUCAGAAGAAAACAAUGAUAGUGAAGCCAAUAGCUCAGAUGAAGAAUUUUUCGUACCAAAAGGACAAAACAAGCAAACAAAUAACGAUUUACCAACCUUUGAUGAUAUUGAUGCUGAGGAUUGCUCCAAGUUUUUCAAAGCAGAGCUAAGAGAUUGGUCUAAUGAAGAUCUCAUCAAUGCCAUCCGUGACCGUUUUGUGACUGGAAAUUGGUCAAAAGCUGCUUUAAGAGGACAGGAGUUAAAUGAAAAUGGAGAGGAUGAUGAAGAGAUCUAUGGUGAUUUUGAAGAUCUUGAAACUGGUCAGGUACAUAGGAUCCAGGCAUCAGAAAAUUCUGAAGGGAAUAGUGGUGGUCACAAAGAAGAUGACCUAGAAGUUGAAGAGAGAAAACUUAAGAAGCUGGCCCUGAGAGCAAAAUUCGAUGCACAAUAUAAUGGAUCUGAGCUUUCUGGCGACGAAGCUGAUGAUGACAAGAAGAAUUCCAAACGAGAACAGUCUAAUGCAGGGGGCUAUUUUGAUAAAUUAAAGGAGGAGAUGGAAAUUCGCAAGCAAAUGAAUAUAUCUGAGCUUAAUGAUCUGGAUGAGGAUACCCGAGUAGAAAUUGAGGGAUUCAGGACUGGCACUUAUGUCAGAUUAGAAGUACAUGGUGUGCCAUUUGAGCUUGUUGAGCAUUUUGAUCCUUGCCACCCCAUUCUUGUUGGGGGUAUUGGCCUUGGUGAGGAGAACACAGGUUACAUGCAGGCAAGUUUGAAGCGCCAUAGGUGGCACAGGAAAGUGCUGAAGACAAAGGACCCGAUCAUUGUCUCAAUUGGAUGGAGGCGAUUUCAAACAACUCCUAUCUAUGCAAUAGAAGAUCGGAAUGGUCGACAUCGCAUGCUGAAGUAUACGCCUGAGCAUAUGCAUUGCUUUGCUAUGUUCUGGGGACCACUUGCUCCACCAAAGAGUGGUGUGUUGGCAGUCCAGAAUCUUUCCAACAAUCAGGUGCCAUUUAGGAUAACUGCAACAGGCUGGGUUCAAGAAUUUAACAAUACUGCCAGAAUUGUGAAGAAGAUCAAGCUCACAGGCACACCAUGCAAGAUAUUUAAAAAGACUGCUCUGAUCAAAGGAAUGUUCACAUCUGAUUUAGAGGUUGCUAGGUUUGAAGGUGCGGCCAUUCGGACAGUAAGUGGAAUCAGAGGACAAGUUAAAAAGGCAGCAAAGAUUGAACCAGGAGAUGUGCUAAAGAGAAAAGGGGAAAAUACAGAAGGAAUUGCAAGAUGCACAUUUGAGGACAGAAUUCUUAUGAGCGACAUUGUUUUCCUUCGCGCCUGGGUUAAUGUUGAAGUUCCCACUUACUGUAACCUUGUGACAACUGCUCUUCAACCUCGAAAGGAAACUUGGCAAGGCAUGAGAACAACUGCUGAGUUGCGGAGGGCGCACAAUAUACCUAUUCCACACAACAAGGACUCGGUUUACAAGCCUAUUGAGCGGAAACCACGGAAGUUCAAUCCUGUAGAGAUCCCUGCAAAACUGCAGCAGUUGCUUCCUUUUAAAUCUAAGCCAAAGGACAGACCUAAGCAGAAGCAACCAACAGUUGAAAAGAGGGUGCCAAUAAUUUUGGAACCCAGUGCAAGGAAGACACAAGAAGCUAUUCGACAGCUAAUGCUGCUCAAACAGGAGAAGGCAAAGAAGAAGAAAAUCAAGGAACAGCAGAAGAAGAAAGCAUAUGAGAAAGAGAAAGCCAAGACUGAACAACUAACAAAGAAACGACAGCGGGAAGAGAGGCGUGAGAGAUAUCGGGAAGAAGAUAAGCAAAAGAAACGUGCGCGCAGAUGAGCGCAAUGAGCUGAAGAAAGGAUCUAUGCCUAAGGGACCCAGCAGCAACCCAGAGCUUGUUCUCUCAGUCCACACAACAUGUGCCGCACUCUUGCUCAGUUGAUAGCUGGUGAGUUCGAAUGCUCCGAUAACAUCAGGGUGGAAAGGCGUGGAUCAUCAGGGUUGGAUUCAGCUACCUGCGGGCCUAAGUUAGCCGCUCAUCAAGUUUUGUACUGUUCGCUAUAACGUGAGUUUUGUCAUUGGCACGUGAUCUUUAGCUCCCAAAUAUGUUGGGAGUGUGAAUUUGGAGUCUAUACUACCCUAUGGACCGAACAAAUGGGCCGAUUUUGAUGCUUCCGAAUGUUCUAAUGGUGAUAUGUGAUAUCGCGCUGUUGUCUGCUGA